CGGAGAGCCCCACAGAGGCUGCGCGCGCUCCUGGUGGCUGCCGCUGCUGCGCGACGCUCCGACGGAUUCUCAGGAUUCUCUUUUGGGAACUUUUGAAACAUCAUCUCAUUUGUUUGUUUUUUUUACCCCUCACACACCAGUGGAUCCUAAUUUGCUGUGGCUUUGUGGGAUAUUUCUAAUAUUUGAAAAAGAUGCCCGCCGACAUGAUGGAAAAGUCCUCAUCCUCUCCGGUUGCUGCAACUCCGGCGAGCAUGAACACAACGCCGGAUAAACCCAAGACAGCUUCUGAGCAUAGAAAGUCAUCAAAGCCGAUUAUGGAAAAGAGGAGAAGAGCCAGAAUCAAUGAGAGUUUGGGUCAGCUGAAAACUCUCAUCCUGGAUGCGCUUAAAAAAGAUAGCUCCAGGCACUCUAAACUGGAGAAGGCGGACAUCCUGGAGAUGACGGUCAAACACCUCCGGAACCUCCAGAGGGCUCAGAUGACGGCCGCGCUGAACACAGACCCCACGGUUUUGGGGAAAUACCGCGCCGGAUUCAGCGAAUGCAUGAAUGAAGUGACGCGGUUUCUGUCCACCUGCGAGGGCGUCAACACCGAAGUCAGGACGCGCCUCCUGGGCCACUUGGCCAGCUGCAUGACGCAGAUCAACGCCAUGAACUACCCCAGCCAGCAUCAGCACCAGCAUCAGCUGCCUCCCGCCGCCGGACCGACUCAUCCCUCCUUCGGCCAGUCCAUGGUGCAGAUCCCCAGCUCGUCCCCGCAGGUCCUGCCCAUGAACCCGGUGUCCUGCAAAGGGGGCUCCUCGCCCCCCGCUUUGCCCCCAGACGCCACCAAAGUGUACGGCGGGUUUCAGAUCGUGCCUGCCACGGACGGACAGUUUGCGUUCCUCAUACCCAACGCGGCGUUUGCGCCGAACGGCCCCGUCAUCCCGGUGUACGCCAACAACGUCAGCACGCCGGUGCCGGUUCCGGCUGUGGUUUCCCCCGGAGCUCCAUCAGGCAACACGGACUCAGUGUGGAGACCGUGGUGAAAAAACAAAAACAAUAGGACCACAAUAAAGACUUGACAUGUAUUAGUUAUCUCUUUGCUAGAAAGUCGUUUUCAUCUUUUUUUUUCUUCUUGUAAAUGGAAAAGAUGCACUAUAUUUGUACAGCUAACAAGGGAAGUAAAAGUUCAUAUUGAAAUGGGAUUUGUAAUGUGGAAGUCCGUUCACUGCAUUUUUCAUAAAUAUAUAAUUGAGUUGUAUUUUUUACUGUGUGGAGCCAAAGAAAUGUUCAAUGCUCUUAUGCUGUUCUUCGUUUUGGAAGACAAAAAUAAAUUUGUAAAAAAUGUGAAAAACAAA